CGGAUCGCGCCCUCCCGCCCCGCUGCCGUCAGCCGCCGCCGCCGUACGGCACGCUCGGCCCCAUGUGGCGCGGCGCGGCGGCGGCGCUGCUGUGCCUGGCGGCAGCCGCGCUGCUGCGCCGCGGGUUCGAGCCCCGCGCCCGCCUGCUCAGCGCCGCCGAGCUGGCCCGGUACCGCGGGGCGCGGGGAGACCCGGGCCUCUACCUCGCCGUACUGGGCCGCGUCUUCGAUGUGGAGCGCGGUCGCAGGCACUACGGCCCCGGCGGUGCCUACAGCGGCUUCGCAGGGAGAGAUGCCACCAGAGCGUUCGCGACCGGGGACUUCACCCAGGCGGGGCUGGUGGACGACGUGUCGGCGCUGUCGCCGGGAGAGAUGCUCGCCAUCCGGAGCUGGCUGUCCUUCUACCGCCACAACUACGACCCCGUGGGGAAGCUGGUGGGCAGGUUCUAUGAUGAAAACGGGGCACCUACAGAAGCCUUAAGGCAGGCUGAGGCUGCGAUGGAGGAGGCUCUGAAGUUCCAAGCAGAAAGCGAGCAGAGGAAGGAGCAGUUUCCACCCUGCAACUCUGAAUGGAGCUCUGCCAAGGGCAGCCGGUUCUGGUGCUCCAAACAGAGCGGGGGAGUGCCCAGAGCCUGGGCUGGAGUUCCUCGGCAGCUGGUGGAGCCCGGCGCCAGGGGCAGCCGCUGCGUGUGCGUCAGGCCUGACGGGCCCCUCUGGGAGCAGCACAGCGCCGGGGGCCACGGCCACAGCGGGGACCUGGCUGCCCCUCGCCUGCAGGAGUACGCUGGCUGCCAUCCCCUGGCCCAGCAGUGUGUGCUCAAGGGCUGACUGGAGCAAGACAUGAGGGGGCGCAGAGGCCACCAGCAAAACCUUGUGCUCCUGGGGGCAGCUCCAGCUCCCUUCCCUUGUGCCUGUGCAAAGAGAGUAAAAAGGACUUCACCUAAUUGUCACUUUUUGAAUAUGUGGAGAGGAGGAAGAAACACUGUAGCCAAGCUCCUAGAAUCAUUUCAGCUGGAAGAAACUUUUUAAGGUCAUUGAGUCCAGCCUUUGUCCCAGCCCCAUCAACCACUAGACCUUUCCUACAGUGGUGUUACAAGAUUCACAGCGUGAAUUACACAUAAAAGCUGCUUUCUGGUGCAGGCAGGAGGUGGAUGCAAACCAGUGGGUGGCUGAGGCAGCGAGCACAGGAACUGCUGCAGCAUCCCCUCAGCACCUGCAGUUGCUUGAACUGCAGUAUAGGGCUACUGCUCCUCUUGGUCAUCUAAUUUACUCCAGAGAGUUUAAAGGUAGCAGGGAGAAACAUGAAUUUCUGCUCUAAUUAAGGUACAGAGUAUCCAGGAACUGGUGUAGUUUAGUUACACACAAGCUUUAUCAAACACUUGGUGCACAGAAGGCAAAGGUCAUAGCUGAAUUUCCUCAUGGAGUGUUUGUAUUAGAUACUGUGCAAAGAAGAUAGUGGAAGCCACCUAAGAGGAUUGUUGCUUUAUAUUAACCUCAACAGCCUGGUCCUCUGAUUCACACCCUUCAAACUACUCCGAGCAGGAAGGGGUAGCUGUAGCUGCACCAUAAGAAAAAUGAUGUGGCAACAUGACCAUCCUGCUGUAAUCUGCCUCCUGUGUCCCUGCUGGUACGUGUCCAUCAGACUAGAACCUGAGGCUGGGCAUAUCCUCACAAGUCCACAUGUAUUAUCACAGCUGGCACAAUUCAGGCAUACAAGUGGCUCAGAGGAGAGCAGGACAGGUCAAAAAGGACAGGGGAAGGCCUGCACAGGGCCUAAGUGCUGUAACUCCAGCCUGCAAGGAAGCACUUGCUAGUUUUAAUACAAUCUACAGUUAGAAUCAGUUCCUGCUGUAGCUGCAGCCUUGAGACAGACUACAGCCAGAGUGCAGGGAGCCCAGCAGUGACACAGAUCUGUGCUGAGCUGUGUUCAGUUCCUGAAGGCAGUUGCCACCUAUUUAUGAACAGCCAGGAGGCACUUAUGAACUCAUUAGUUGUGAGCUACUGCCACCUCUAAAAAGAGUCCUAUAAAUUUAAUUAGUUAAUAACAAGAUUAGAGGAGAUGAUCUAACUAAUUGCAGGCAGCAAUGCUUCAGCCACAUCAGUACAGUGACAGCAGGACACAUCUGUCACCUGUAACAGAUGGGUGGAAGCCAUACAGCAACUUAAGUGUCUACACUAUUGUUGUAAUAAAUGUUUGGAGGGUUGUGUUGCUUUCUUCA